AUGUCUAUGGUCGAUGAUCUCAACGAGUUGGUGAAGCCGAUUCUAGCAGAGACAUCUGUGUGGCCCUACCGCGAGGCAAUCUCCAGAUUGCAGCUGACAGAAAAUGCAGCGUUGCAGGCCAGACAGUCCUAUCCGGCCAUGUUGGGCGGACCCAGAGGGAUAACGCUCGAGUUCGUCAUCGUGCACUGCAAAGAGCCACUGGAGUGGGUGGAGGCAGACCUACUGCCUAUUGCUCCUGCUGGCUCCCAGCUCACAUUCUACGAGAAAUGUGGGGAGGAGCCAAAAUUCUCAGGGGCAGUGAUGCAACACUUUACGCCGGUCUCUGUGAGAUCCUGUAGAGACCCUGUCGACGGUCCCCGUGGAGAUGAGUGCUUGGGUUACCUGGCCCACAUCGUCUCCAACUAUUGGAACCUGGCUACGUUUACGGUCUUUUUGCAGGCAGAUCCCAGCGAGCACCUGCACUUCUCGUAUUUGCAUGUAGUUACGAAGAUGGUGGCUGCUGCCACAUAUGCCGUGCCCUUCCUCAGCCUUAACGGGGCAAGGCAUGUUCGCACCUACACGCCGUGCUUGAACGCCGUGCACGAGGCAAUCUUCGGCGAGAACAUGAGAGAUGCGGUUGGUCCCUACUGCUGUGCGCAGUUUGUGGUCCAGGACAAACAGAUCCGCGAGCGGCCGCUGGAGUUUUAUCAGCGGAUGCUGAGGCUGGUCGACGGCACCAUGCAGCACGAUCUGUGUUAUCCAGGUAAGGUCAAACGCUCCACGCACUGCUACGGCAUGGAGUUCACGUGGCACCUCGUGUUCGGCGAGGAGUAUGAUCCGCCUUUGCGCCAGGAUGACCAGCGGCUUCCGCUGCCUUUGCGUCUCAAGUUCGGCAACGAGUUCAUCCGAAGGGACUGGAACGACGUGGUUCUCAACCCCAGCACUCCGAAGAAGAUCGUGGAAGAGAUCAACUAUGACCAAAUGACCGUCAGAUGA